AUGACCGUUGUUGCAGACACUUACCACCUCACUACUUUCCAAAUGGCAGUAGCGUCAGCUCCACCGCCAGCUCUCGUUUCGCGACCGGCCACCGACGGCAGACAAGCCGCGGGCGGGGACGCGGGCGGGCGCCAGGGGCGCUGCGGAGCCCCGGCCGAGGCGUCGCCCGCCGGGCACCCAGCGAGGGACGCGUCCCGUGGUCGGACGGCGUUGGCCAUCUGGCCGCGGGUCGCACGGCCGAGGACUGGCUCCGAGGGGCAGGGCGCCCCGGGGCAGCGCUUGAGGCUGGAGACCCGGGACCAGCGGAUGCCCCGGAGCGCGCGCCCAGCGCCACCGCCGCUGCUGUGCCUGCUGAUGGGGCGGGAGCCGGAGCGCGCGGCACGUGAGGGGUGCGGGCGGCCGCGGAUCGCGGAGGGCCCAGGUCGGACCCCUAGUUCCGUCCCGGAGCGAGGCUGGGGGUGGAGAGAGUCCGUGGGGCUGCCCAUUGUGGUCCAUGGCCCAGCUUCCUUGGCAAAGGUGGUAAUGGCAGAACUGGCCAGCCUGAAGUUAGACAAUGAGCCAUGGCCUGGAGAAGAGCACUGGUGUCUGCAGAGCCCCUCCUCCCGGGAGUCCUCCAUCUCACGGAACACUCACCGAGCCGUGGUGCAGGCCGAUUCAUUGCCCCUUAGAGAUGCGGAAAUCAAGGCCUGGAGCUGAGAAAUGACUUCCUCACCGCCACACAGCUAGAGAGUGGCAGUGCCGCUUGGACGGUGGGGCAGGUAUGCAGAGCCCUGCGACAGCAUCUGAACUUAAAGAGAAGAGAAACCGACUCGCAGUGUCUGCUGUGGGAGCAGGAGGGAUGGGUCACGGAGACGAUGCCACCAACUUGUCAACGAUGCUUCAAGCUAAGAAGGAUGCUGACCUUUUUACCAGGCAUUUCUGGGGCACAUAAAAUUCCACAUAAAGGAAGCUUGCAAAACAACCAGCUUUGUUUUAAUCACACCCUUUUAAACUGUGAGCUGGAAACCAGAUGCUUACACUUAACUGGAGGUGAGUGUAAAGCGUGGGGAAGCCCCAGAGCGGGGCUGAGAAACUUUGUAGGAGUGAAGGCCAUGAGCCUGUGUGCAUGGUCUUUGGCCUCAGCGUUUGAUUGACGUACUGGUUGAUUAUUUAUUUAAACUAUUUAAUUGUGAUUAAAUACACCUAACAUAAA